AUGGCGCAACAAAUUACGGCGCGCAAGCAGCAAGAGCUCCAAAACCAGUACACAAAUUACAAAAAUGGUCUGCAGCAAAUAGCCUCGAAAAUUGGCGAUGUAGAGACAGAAGCAGAGGAGCACAAACUUGUUCUCGAAACACUCGAACCUCUUCCUGGUGACCGAAAGUGUUUUCGGAUGAUAAAUGGCGUGUUAGUUGAGCGGACUGUAAAGGAUGUGGUGCCGGCUUUGAAGACAAAUUCGGAAGGUCUACGGAAAGUCUUGGAGGAUUUGGUUAAGCAAUACAAUAGCAAACAAUCAGAAAUGGAGAAAUGGAAGAAGAAGAACAAUAUCCAGGUCGUGCAGCAGUAA